GGAGACACACUGAAUCAGACGCUGUCAGUGGCACCACAACUUCCGCCUCUCGUUUCAGGCUUGUUUCACGACCUGCCAGAGAUGACGAUGUCAAGGUUACCUACUACAGCGCUUUCUUUAAAACAGUUUCUACAGAGGCAGAAGGUUUUGGGGAUUUACAGAAACAUGCUGAAGACCAUACGGCAGGUACCGGACGAGGCCGAUAGGAAGUACCUGAGAGACUGGGCCAGAGGGGAGUUCAAGAGGAAUAAGAACGCCACAGAACAGGAUGCCAUCCGCAUGAUGAUCACACAAGCCAACAACCAUCUGGAGGAGCUGCAGAAGUCUCUGGCGUUGGCCAGAAGUUAACAAGCUGCUUGAGUCCCUGCUGUGGACUGAUCUGGACUAGUUCUCAAUGAACACCAUCAUGUGGUCUGUGUUGACUCUAAGUGCUGAGGUAACCUUGGAAACAGAGGCCCCUUUCACUGCUGGGACGGGUGUUUGGUUCGACUCCAGGAUGGAUGUUGGUGACCCGAAGGCAGCGUCCUGCGUGUUGUCCAGCAGAGUGGUGGAGAUGGAGACCACUAGGGAGGCUGACUGAGCCCAUCUGCCACAUAAGUGUUGGCGCUUUAUGCAUAUUUAUAAUAAGUAUUAAAAAGAACUGAGAAACCA